CCCGCCGCCCGCCGCCGCCCGCGCCCCCGCUCCCGCUCCGCCCCGCGGCCCGCCGGACCCGCACCCCGCACCAUGUCGCUGUCGCGCACGGAGGAGAUGCACCGGCUCACGGAGAACGUGUACAAGACCAUCAUGGAGCAGUUCAACCCCAGCCUCCGGAACUUCAUUGCCAUGGGGAAGAACUAUGAGAAGGCCCUGGCAGGUGUGACCUACGCAGCCAAAGGCUAUUUUGACGCCCUCGUGAAGAUGGGCGAGCUAGCCAGCGAGAGCCAGGGCUCCAAGGAACUCGGAGACGUUCUCUUUCAGAUGGCGGAAGUCCACCGGCAGAUUCAGAAUCAGCUGGAAGAGAUGCUCAAGUCGUUCCACAAUGAGCUGCUCACACAGCUGGAGCAGAAGGUGGAGCUGGACUCCAGGUACCUGAGUGCCGCGUUGAAGAAAUACCAGACGGAGCAAAGGAGCAAGGGUGACGCACUGGACAAGUGCCAGGCCGAGCUGAAGAAACUCCGCAAGAAGAGCCAGGGGAGCAAGAACCCGCAGAAGUACUCGGACAAGGAGCUGCAGUACAUCGACGCCAUCAGCAACAAGCAGGGCGAGCUGGAGAACUACGUGUCGGACGGCUACAAGACGGCGCUGACCGAGGAGAGGAGGAGGUUCUGCUUCCUGGUGGAGAAGCAGUGCGCCGUGGCCAAGAACUCGGCCGCCUACCACUCCAAGGGCAAGGAGCUGCUGGCACAGAAGCUGCCGCUAUGGCAGCAGGCCUGCGCCGACCCCAACAAGAUCCCAGACCGCGCGGUGCAGCUGAUGCAGCAGAUGGCCAGCAGCAACGGCUCCGUCCUCCCCAGCGCCCUGUCGGCCUCCAAGUCCAGCCUGGUCAUCUCAGACCCCAUCCCGGGGGCCAAGCCCCUGCCGGUGCCCCCCGAGCUGGCCCCGUUUGUGGGGCGGCUGUCUGCCCAGGAGAGCACGCCCGUCAUGAAUGGCGUCUCGGGCCCAGAUGGCGAAGACUACAGCCCCUGGGCCGACCGCAAGGCCGCCCAGCCCAAGACCUCGUCUCCUCCACAGUCACAGAGCAAGCUGAGCGACUCCUACUCCAACACGCUCCCCGUGCGCAAGAGCGUGGCUCCGAAGAACAGCUACGCAGCCACCGAGAACAAGACCCUGCCGCGCUCCAGCUCCAUGGCGGCUGGCCUGGAGCGCAACGGCCGCAUGCGAGUGAAAGCCAUCUUCUCCCACGCGGCCGGGGACAACAGCACCCUGCUGAGCUUCAAGGAGGGAGACCUCAUCACCCUGCUGGUGCCUGAGGCCCGGGACGGCUGGCACUACGGCGAGAGCGAGAAGACCAAAAUGCGGGGCUGGUUUCCCUUCUCCUACACCCGGGUUCUGGACGGCGACGGCGGCGACAGAUUGCACAUGAGCCUGCAGCAGGGAAAGAGCAGCAGCACGGGGAACCUCCUGGACAAGGAGGACCUGGCCCUCCCGCCCCCCGACUACGGCACGUCAUCCCGUGCGUUUCCUGCCCAGACGGCCGGUACCUUCAAGCAGAGGCCCUACAGCGUGGCUGUGCCUGCCUUCUCCCAGGGUCUAGAUGACUACGGAGCACGGGCUGUGAGCAGCGCCGAAGUGGAAGUGGCCAGAUUCUGAGCCGCCCCUCACUAGACUUAGCCCCGGGGAAGCAAGCCCCGACGACAAGCAAGGGGAAGCCCGGCGCUCCGGGCCAGGGCCCGUCUGUGCCCGCCCCACCCCGUCGCCGAAAAGCCUGCCCACGAAGCUGGCACCCGCAUCCUCUACCACAUGGAGCACCGCCGUGAUGUGCUCCUCCCCACGGGCAGUGACCGCUUCAACAGUCCUGGACUCUCUUCUCUCACCGCAUCUGAGCUGCAGCGUGAGGAACUUCUGGAGAAUUCUGGAGACAAAUGCUCUUGACAUUUGGGGACGGGGUGGAUGGAAAUGCCUUCCCUGCCUCUAGAUUCCUUCUUCCAAGAGGCCUUAGGAGGCCUACGCCUGCCACCCCCGCUGCCCCUCGGCCCCGGGGCUCUGGAGGGAGCCCGGCCUCUGCCCCAGCCCGCCCCCCUGGCACAGGGCUGCAGCCCCCCGCGGGAGCCGGGGCAUCCCCCACAGACUGGGCCUGGCCCGGGACUCACCCGGGGUGGGUGUCAGGGCCCCUGGGGAGUUUGAGGCACCCCUGCCUGCUCUGCCAAGGUGCCCCCUGGGUGAGGCCCUGAGGGGCGGGACACAGUGGACUCCACCCCGGGAGGGCCGGCAUCCCGGAGGCACAGGGACCAGUCAGGCCCCAGAGGAGAAAGUUGAGGAUGAAGUGGAAAUCUGGGCUCCCUCUGCUCCAGAACCACAGAAGGCUGGGAACCGCACCCCGAAACGACGCGGCUGUUCUCCGAUCACAUGUUUCUCGCUCACCCUCACGUAGUGGACUCAGAAUAGGCGACGCCCGGAGUGCGCGGCGAGAGGUUGAAGUGGAGAGGUGCUGGGCCAUGGCACUCGGCCCCCCUCGGCUGUAGGGUCUGCAGGCAGGACCCCCGUGCCCUGCGACGCCCCGAAGCGUGACUGCUAACCGGGUGCUGGAUCGCCCCUGGGGAGGGGCCCGGCUGGGCAGGGAGCUGGCGGCGCCGGCGGCCCUGGGCCUGCCCUGCCGAGUGUAGACCACCCCGUCGGGGGCCCAGCGGGGGUGCUCCCGUGGGGACAGGAGGGGCCGGCUUAGGGCAGACCCUGCCAUCCAGAUGGUCCCUGCCGCCCUUUGCCGGCGCGACUGGAGCCUCCUUAUAUCUUGGUGGUCUGCGGUCACGCGUCAGCUCCCCCGGCAGUGACGGAUGUCCGCGGGGCCGGGGACUGUGCAGGGGGGCCCUGGGUUGGGAUUUUGUCCUGUUGCGUCAGCAGGGGGCUGACCUGCCGGGCUCACCCGGGCGCCCACCCUGGGGCAGCUGCUGAGCCCCAUCUUCCCCGAAGGCAGGAGGCCCCCGGGACCUGCGGUGUCGAUGGCACGGUGCCCUGCGCUGUUUUGGGGAAGAUGAGAAAGGGGGGUCGGAGGCCAGGCACCCUCUGGUGGGGGGCCUCUCUGGCCCUGCCACCCCCCUCCGGCCCCAGCUGCUGCGGCUGGGUCCCCGGCCCCGGGGCCAGGGCAGGAGUCGGUGUGCCGCCCACAGCCGCUUGGCCCCGCACGGGAGCUGCUCGGCCCCCACCUCCACCUGAACAAAGCUGCCCCAGUGCGGCCCCCCAGACGCCCCCUGCCUUGACCCCGGCUGGGGACAGCCAAGGGCCCGGAGCCACCUUCUGGAGCCAGAGUUAAGUCACGGCGGCAGGGCCUGGGGCAGACGUCACUGUCAGGUGACAGCACACCUGGCCUUGGGAGCCGGAGGUGGCCACUGCCCCCCGAGCAUCUGAGCUGCGGCCGGUCUGCACACGUCAGCCAGGAGAGACUGGCGCGCCUGGGGGAGGCCGCAGGGCGGGAAGGGCCUUGAACGCCGGGCUCGUCACGCUCCACGUCAGAAGACGCUCACGGGCCACGGGGCCAAGCAGGAUCCUUCUGUCCCCGCGCAGACGUGGAAGCCGUGCACCAAUAAGUCGGCCGCUCUCCCUAGUUUAUCCUUUAAAAUUUCCGUCCGAGUUGUCUCAGUGUCUUAGAAAACACAGGGAGGCGCCCCCAGCCCACGUGCCCCCCAGCUGCCGUGGACGCCAGCCCAGCUGUGCCAGAGGCGACCCCUGCCCCAGGUAAUGGCCUGAGAGCCAAGUGCUUCGCCGGGGUGCAGUCCUGUCCGUGCCGAGCCCUCCGUGUCCCACGUACCAUCUGUGCUGUCACCCCUGGGGCCGCCUGACGACGCCCAACCCGCUGUCCUCUGCUGUCCCUGCCCAGGCAGGGCCCCCCGAGCCCCUCGGGGACUCCGAGGGGAGGCUUCGGCGAGGACCAGGCUGUGUGCCGGCCUCUGCUGUGCUCAUCUUGUCCCAUCUCAACCUCUUGUCUGGCGAGUCCGUCUGUCCGUCAGCUGUGGCCUCAGGCAUGCAGGGGAGGGUGCAGCUCCCUGGACUGACAGGUGGCUGAGCCCUGGUCCAGCCCUGCUGGCCCACGGCCGCCGGUGUGCGUGCCCCCCGUGUGUGUCCUGUUGGUGUGGGGCGGCCGAGGCCCCGUGUCUGCCCCCAGCCACCUUCCGGGACCCCGGGAUGCAUGGGCCGGGUGUGUGUGAGCUGCUGAGCUGUGUGUGUCCGUGGCGUGUCUAAAAACGGGCAGGUGGAGGGUCCUCUUGGCCUCGUGGGGCGGCGGCUCCCCAAACCUGGGCGCAGGCCCCCUCAGGACUGCCUCAGGUUUUGGAGAAAGAAGUGGCUCCUGGCCGUGGGGCGCAGGCAGUCAGCUGGCCCUGUGCACGGAGCCCGUCCCUGGCUGUCCCCAGCAGGCUCCAUGGUCUCCCUGCUCUGGGCUCCCGCUGGGGACCCUGGGGCCUGGGCAGCCCAGGUGGCUCGGUGCCCGACGGUGCCCCUCCCGGCACUAAAACCACUCUCCUCUCCUCUCCUCUCCUC